AUGUGCGGGAACAGGGGAGGACCAGGGGAGGGCCACGGAAAGGGGAGAAGGGACAGGGCGAUGGCAAGGCAGGACACAACUGUGGUGAUUAAGAUGGGAGAGGAGGGCAAGACGGUGGAUGGGAAGAAGGCCGUUGUGGUGGUUCUGUAUGGCAUCGCAUCAGGUGAGGACAAGGCGCAGCUGGUGGUGAUCGUGCACGAUGUUGACCCCAUCGAGCUCGUCAUCUGGCUGCCCGCGCUCUGCCGCAAAAUGGGCGUGCCUUAUUGCAUUCUCAAGAGCAAGUCCCAACUCGGUCAGGUGAUUGACCAGAAGACUGCCACUUCCCUGGCGCUCACAGCUAUGAAGAACGAGGACAAGGUCGAGCUGAGCAAGAUCGUGGAGUCGGUCAAGGUGAGUCAACGUGGGUCAACGGAGCCGUUUCCCUCCCCCCCCCCGAAGGCGCACUUCAACGACAAGGCGAACGACUUGAGGCGCCAAUGGGGCGUGGGCAUUAUGGGUAUCAAGUCGCAGGCCAAGAUGAAGGCCCGCGAGCACAUCCUCGCCAAGGAGGUGGCGCAGCGCAUGGCUUAG